UGACGCGCAGCCGUUUCGUUGAUGUUGUGUUGAAAUAAUUGUGAGGGUUGGAGGGGGUAAAGGGGGAAACGUACAUUUAACAUCUUUCGGUGUCGAGUCAAAAAAAUCGUUUUAAAAAUGGGAAACUGUCACACCGUUGGACCAAACGAGGCGCUUGUGGUUUCAGGUGGCUGCUGUGGCUCAGAUCAGAAAACUUACGUUGUGGGAGGCUGGGCUUGGGCAUGGUGGCUCAUCUCGGACAUUCAAAGAAUGUCUCUGGAGGUUAUGACCAUCCUGUGUCGCUGUGAGAAUAUCGAAACCUCGGAGGGUGUUCCCCUGGAUGUGACUGGGGUGGCCCAGGUAAAGGUGAUGACAGAAAACGAACUGCUGGGUUAUGCCUGUGAGCAGUUCCUAGGGAAAUCUGUCGUUGAGAUCAAGAGCGUCAUCCUGCAGACUCUUGAGGGUCACCUACGUGCCAUCCUUGGAACUCUAACUGUGGAGCAGAUUUACCAAGACAGGGACAAAUUUGCUUCUCUGGUCCGAGAGGUCGCGGCACCUGACGUCGGUCGAAUGGGCAUCGAGAUUCUCAGUUUCACCAUCAAGGAUGUGUAUGACAAAGUGGAGUACUUGAGCUCACUGGGCAAAACGCAGACGGCUGCAGUGCAGAGGGAUGCUGACAUUGGCGUGGCGGAGGCAGAAAGAGAUGCUGGCAUCAGGGAAGCUGAGUGUAAGAAAGAAAUGAUGGAUGUGAAGUUCCUGGCGGACACGAAAAUGGCAGAUUCCAAACGAGAGCUGGAAAUGCAGAGAGCUGCCUUCAAUCAGGAAGUCAAUACGAAGAAAGCAGAAGCUCAGCUGGCGUAUGAGCUGCAAGCAGCCAAAGAGCAGCAGAAGAUCCGUCUGGAGGAGAUUGAGGUGGAAGUGGUCCAGAGGAAGAAGCAGAUCACCAUCGAGGAGAAGGAGAUUGAUCGUACUGACAAGGAGCUCAUCGCCACUGUGAAGAGACCUGCUGAGGCUGAAGCUUACAAGAUGCAGCAGCUGGCUGAGGGCCAGAAGAUCAAGAAGGUGCUGAUAGCUCAAGCCGAGGCCGAGAAGAUCCGCUUCAUCGGUGAAGCCGAGGCCGGCUCCAUCGAAGCUGUGGGCAAGGCAGAGGCGGAGAAAAUGAGGCUGAAGGCGGAAGCCUACCUGCAGUACGGCGACGCCGCCAAGACGGCUUUGGUCCUGGAAGCACUGCCCAAGAUCGCCAGCAAGGUAGCAGCACCUUUGGCCAGGACCAAUGAGAUCGUAAUCCUGUCCGGCGAUAGCAACCGUGUGACAGGAGAGGUGAACCGUCUCUUAGCCGAGCUCCCGGUUUCUAUCAACGCCCUCACCGGCGUGGACGUGACCAAGAUCCCACUGCUACAGAAGAUGACGGGGCAGACAGCCAUCUGAUGAAAUCCCCUGUUACACCCCUGACAAACAGUAUCUGCCUCAAGCAUGACAACACUUUCUCUAGCCUCUGACCCACUUAUGCAAAACUGCCAGAAACACCAAACGAGAUUUGAGCUUUUUUUUUUUUUAUGAUUUUACUUAUGCAAAACUGCCAGAAACACCAAACAAAAUUUGAGUUUUUUUUAUUCUCCACCAAAUGAAAUGAAAAGCUGUGGCGCCCCCUUUCUUUUAUCUCCUUACCACUCAGCCCACAAUUUUGUGCUGCAGUCCACUUUAAUUCAACAACAAAAUUCUAAUUGUGCUGGAAAAGGUCACUUGAGCUGGUCACAACUGGCAGCCUUUUAUUCCCUCUUUUUCUCUUUCCCUGGAUAGUACAUCAGCUAUACUCUUAUCAUCAGCUGUUAUUCUCCUGCUCUUCAUCCACCGUGAUGGAAAUAUGGCCGACCUAUACAGAAUAUUACUACUGUACAAGGAUUGUAAAAAAAAAAAAAAAAAAAAAUAAUAGAAACACUAGUCGCUUGCCAUCACCUCGCCUGUCCUCCUCGUGACUGUCCAAUCAUCACUCAAGUGCCCAAAAUCUUUUUCGGACAGUACUUGUCAUCUAGAUCCCCCUGCUGUCAGUUUUUUUUUUUUUUUUUUUAAACUAACACAAAAAACGUUCUUGAACAUCAAGCCAUGUUGAGGAAGGGUAGCCUUUAAAAUGAACCUUGGACGCAGGCUCACCCAUCACUCGUGUAGUACAUCGCAUGGCAUGUGGUGGACGCUCAGGGCUAUUCCUGCUACUCAAAACCAAUCCCCCCCCCCCCUAACAAAUUCUUUUGUGCAAAAUAAAUGUGAGCAAACGCAUCUUUUUUUACUUUAUUAUCACAGGAAUGUUUACACAGUACAACUGUGUUGUUUUUUAACUGAUAUUAAAAAAAAAUAGUGCUUUGUUUGUUGUCAAAAUAAACCUUUUACUAACAAUAACUAACAAGUGUUGCAUGUGUAUAACCUCUUGACAAAUCCUCUGACACACUAAUUUAGUGUUUUGUAACAUCUUUAAAGUGAAGUCAAAAUAGUUUGACACCCUUUUCGUUUCUUUUUUCAAACAAAAGUGGGAAAAAUUCAUUUCUGUGCCUCCCCCCUGUUGAGAAAAGGUUUCACUGUAUGCGACAAAAGAGGUGCUGUGUCAUUAUUGUAAUCAAUCUUAAUCGCAAAUCAUUUAUCGAGCCGGCUGCUAGCUUAGAAGUGGAGUAUAUUGUUUGUAAUAUGUUUUGUACACAGUGCCUUUGUCAAAAGAAGAGGUUAUGAGUGUGCUGUGACUAUUUCAAUCCUACACGCGUAGAACUUGUAAUGAACAUUUCCGCGCUAAUACAUUACUCAUUGUUACCUGUCGAUGUGAACGUUGUACAUGCAUACCUGUCUGAUUUACUUUUGUACUUGUUCAGCUUCACGCAUUUGAUGAUUUUCGGUCGUAACCACAUACAUGGGAACACACAAAAAAAAAUUUUGCUGCAGGAUUUAGACCUAAGUGUUGCUUUUUUUUCGGGGUUGUUGUUCAUAUCAGCACUUGUUUGUAUUAUGUUUAUUAUAUGUAUUCGGUGCAAAAAUAAAAAUAAAAUUGCAGCUCUUACUCCAAGUAGAGACGAUGUGGAUGAAGACCAAACCCUUAGACCUACGCCUUAAAAACAUCCUUCAUUUGUACGUCAUAGAAGGAAAAAAAACAACUGUCUAUUAUGAGUUAGAUUUCUAUUUACGCUUCUCCUAACUCGGAUCUUUUGACAAACGUAUCCAGCAUGGCGUUUGAAGCACGUGUUCAUGUUACUCUAUGUUGUGCGCCAUCCUCUAAUAAAAUAUAUACAUACCA